CGCACGCUGAUUGGCUCCGGGCCGGCGGCGCCGGCUCCCGAUUGGCCCGCGCGCCGGGGAUGAAGAAGCACGGCGCGGGAACCGGCGCGAGCCUGCAGGGCGGCGGCGGCGGAGGUUCCUCGAUUUGUGAUCUCCCUGAAGGCACCAUGAGCUGCAUCAACCUGCCCACCGUGCUGCCCGGCUCCCCCAGCAAGACCCGGGGGCAGAUCCAGGUGAUUCUCGGACCCAUGUUCUCAGGAAAAAGUACCGAGCUGAUGAGACGCGUCCGUCGCUUCCAGAUUGCCCAGUACAAGUGCCUGGUGAUCAAAUAUGCCAAAGACACGCGUUACAGCAGCAACUUCUCCACGCAUGACCGGAACACCAUGGAGGCCCUGCCAGCCUGCGUGCUCCGGGACGUGGCCCAGGAGGCCCUGGGCGUGGCUGUUAUAGGCAUCGACGAAGGGCAGUUUUUCCCCGACAUCGUGGAGUUCAGCGAGACCAUGGCCAAUGCCGGGAAGACUGUCAUUGUGGCUGCACUGGAUGGGACCUUCCAGAGGAAGGCGUUCGGGACCAUCCUGAACCUGGUGCCCCUGGCCGAGAGUGUGGUGAAGCUGACGGCGGUGUGCAUGGAGUGCUUCCGAGAGGCCGCCUACACCAAGAGGCUGGGCGUGGAGAAAGAGGUCGAGGUGAUCGGAGGAGCAGACAAGUACCACUCCGUGUGCCGCCUCUGCUACUUCAAGAAGGCUUCGGUUCAGCCUGCCGGGCUGGACAGCAAAGAGAACAAAGAGAACUGCCCGGUGCUGGGAAAGCCCGGGGAGGCCCCGGGAGCCAGGAAGCUAUUUGCUCCUCACCAGAUCCUGCAGUGCAGCCCGGCCAACUGAGGCACAGGCCCCACACCCAGGACGGGGGCGGACCGGUCACCUGCUCCCGUGCCUGCUGCUGCCCCCUGGCAGACGCCUGCCCCCUGCGUGCUGCCCAGCCUUCUCGGAGGAGGAAGCGGGGGUUGGGGGGUGAGGUUUCACCAGCGCCCUUUCCCCGGCCAAGGGCCACGGGCCGGUAGUCUGCACAUCACACUGCCCUCCUUGCCUGCCCGCCGGCUUCUCUCAGUUCCCUUCCCGGGCUACUCACAACCCACCCCAGGCCGGCGCGGGGUCUGCCCACUGCUGACCUGAGUCCCUCCCUCUCCAAGGGGUGAGGCCGGAGGCGCAAGCUCCUGUGACAUCGGCGCUCCUGCCUGCUUUCCCCUUUGUGGCUUUUGCUGUUGAGUUUCUGUUCUCACUGGGAAGUCAGAGCACCAGCACCUCUGGCUCAGCACCAAGCCUCCUCUCGUGCAAAGACUUUAGUCCCCCUGCCUGGGACGGGCCCCUGGCCCCUCUGAAGAUGGCUGGAGUUGUUCUCUCUUACUUCCCUUUGGGCCGAAAGCCCUUCCUGCUCUGGCGAUCAUUUUCUCCAGAAUUACAGUUUCUUCCAUGUGGGUGACACCCUGCUGGGGCUCAGAUCCCAGGGGCUUGUCUUUCUUUCAAGGCAGGGGCUGUGAUUUUUCUCUUUUAGUGUGUGAAAUUAAUAAUAUUAAAAUUUACUGGUUGAUGAUGAAAGCGUAUUUCUCUUUAACUGUCUGGGAUUCCCCUGGUCUCACUGUAGACAGCUCUGACCUGAUUUAGGUGUGGGGAUUUCUUUUCAAAUCAUUUUCUAGUACUACUGAUCUCUUAGCCACAACGCUUUUUAACUGAGAAAUGAUCGUGAAGCGUGUCCUGAGAGGAAUGUUUGCCUGCUCUUCUGUUUGGGCAGGUUUCAGGUCAAGAUGGGUGGAUGAAGGAGCCUGGGACCCAGGUUGGAAAGAUGAAGCUUUGGUCUGUGCUGCCAGAUGGGGCUGUGAGGUCAGGUUUUGUUUGUGAAACAGACACUUGACAGUUCAGGAGCCAAGAAGACCAGCUCUGCUAUGCCUCAGAAAAUACACUGUGGGCAGCUUACAUGGAGGCAAGAGUGCUCUAGGUCGGGUGUGGGUGGCGUGAGCCUGGGCUGUAGGUGUGCCCCGUGCAGAUGGGGUCCGGGUUCCCCACCCUCGCCCCAGCUUCUCCCUCCCCUUUGCUCGCGGUUGGUCCCAGGUUACAGAGGUGCAGUACAGUGGUGAGACAGUAAUUCCCAAACCCUAUUAGUUUUUGCUCAGGAUUUUGAAACUGUUGGGGCCCACUUUUGACAGCUCCCUGUCUGGGCUCAAAAGGGGAAGCCCCGAGUUGCCUUGCGGGCCCUGGCCUCCUGCCUGAGCCGGGCUUGUUCCCUGGGGCGGGCUGGGCGCUCAGGCCGGCCCCGUGUGUGUCCCGGACAGGCUGCAGAGGUGCUGAGCCCUGUCUACGGGAAGCAGAGGGCCCUCCAGGGGCACGCCGGGACCCUGGCAAGGCGGCCCAGAAAAGCCAUGUUGUUUACAGGCUGAGCACAGUUGCUAUUUUAAGAUGCUGAUGGAGGGCAGCGUGAGCAAUGAGACCCUGGGUCGGUGGGGGUGUGUGGCAGGG